AUGGAAGCACUGCGGCGCAAGGUGGGCCCGGAAAGCAGAACUUCGAAUUCAGCCCAGGUGACAAGCAAAAAGUUCCCAGAAGUUCCAUCACUGCGUGACGCAUGCGAGUUUGCGAUCUCUUUCAAGGCUUAUGCCCAGCUAAGCAAUUGGCGCUUUGCGGCAUGUUUGCUUGCACGAAUGCCAGAGCUUCGCGUUGAUCCCGAUCCAGUUUGCUUCCGGACAGUUGCCGACGGCUGCGCGAAGGUCAGUGUCUGGACGUCCUCCCUUGCGACACUGGGUUUCAUGGAGGCGUCAGGUAGCGGAGGUAGCGGCAGCGUAUCAGAGGACCAGGCGAGUGCCAAGUCGGCCAUGCGAGUCUGGCGGGCAUCGGGUCAUUGGAGCCAGGUGCAGCAACUUCUUGCCGAGCUUUGCCAGACUUUCCUGCAACUGGACGUCAGGGCAUGCAACACUGCGCUAGAUGCGGCUGGUGCCAGCAGCCAGUGGAAGGAAGCCAGGCUGCUGCUGCAGAGCCUCAAAAAGUAUGGCCUUGAGCCCAGCCGGGUCUCCUACAACUCGCUCUGCCGAGCUCUUGCCAAAGGCAAAGGUCUCUGGCAGCGUGCGAUCUGCGACAUGGAGAAGAGUCGCAGCGAGUGCUUGAGGAUGGAUGUGAUUGGCCUAAACACGCUGCUCGCGAGCUUCUCAGACCUGGGCUUGUGGAGUCGCAGCCUCCAGGAGCUGACACGAGCCGGGGCGACAACGGACAGGGUCAGCUACAACUCCGCAGCCUCGGCAGCCAUACAAAGAAGCUCAGGCUGGGCUACUGCUGUGCAGCUGCUCUCCACGAUCAACAGGUCAGCGCUCCGUCCGGAUGCCUUCACGGUGAACUUUUUGAUCAGAGCCUAUUCCGAGUCAAGCUGGAGUUCGGCCUUCUCAGCCUUGGAGCUCGUCGCAGAGACACAGCUCCGGCCCGCAUCGAUGACAUACGUGGCGGCUCUUCAUGCGUGCAGGACUGAUCCCUCCUGGUCUGCCGCCCUUCUGCUGGUGGAACGAUGCGCGUGGAAACCCCUGGAUGAUGCUGGCUUAUCGCAGGCACGCAGAGCGUUGGACAGAACUGGAAGCUGGAGACAAGCACUCCUCCGGACAGGACGCAGGUGGCAGCUGGCCAUGGUUUCUCUUGAAAGCAGGCAGGACUACAACGAGGCGAUCAUGGCCUGUGAAGAGAGAUGGGAAGCUGCGAUUGGUCUUGUCAAGGCGUUGAAGGCCCAUCUGGUUCCAGACUUGGUCAGCUACAAUGCGCUGCUGGCAACCACGCGCUGGCUGUGGUGCAUAGAGAUCCUCAGCCAGAUUCGACCAGACGUGGUGAGCUUUACCGCGGCCAUCAACUCCUGCGAUAGCCUCGCUUGGAAUCAGUCAGUGACGUUGCUGAGUAGGAUUUCGGGAAUGUUGCUUCGCCUGGACACGGUGAGCUGUAAUGCCGGCUUGAUGCUUGGAUUUGAACAGCGGGACUGCAUGUGGUUCCUCGUUUGUAUGGACUGGCUCAAUCUUGACGCUGCAAAUGCUGACGGACAGUUUAUUGGAGACGGUGUGGCUCGGCUACACACUGGCGAAAAGGGCUACGACUUGCCAAGCCUGCAAAAGUCGUCCAAGAACAUUGGUGUUUUCGUCGGUGUCAGUGGAUCGGAGUGGGGUACCGUGCCUCACAAAAUGGAUGCAGCAGGGUGCGGCAGUGCAGAGGCCAUCAUCUCGAAUCGUGUGAACUUCGCUCUGAACCUCAAAGGAGCCAGCCGGUCAAACGAUCAACACCGCGUGCUCCUCCGGCCUGGUAGCCGCGGCCCUUGUGUCCGAGAUCGUCUUGCAUUCCUUUGCAUCAUGCCUUGCAUCAUCUUCCAUGAAAGAGUGGACCGCACCUCUGUGUUCGGUAUCAGCGCCGUUUCAGCCUGCCUGGCAAGCUACAUCAGUUAUGUCAGAACGGAGCAUGUUAGUUUUGCACCGACACCAACACGUGGCAAGCUCUCCCUACAAACGACAGCCAUGGCCGAUGAUGAGAAUCCCGAUGACGGGCCUGGCCUUAUCAAGCUGGAUAUGAAGCAAUUUGGAUCUGGCACUAUGGAGGACCCUUUGCGCCACGCCGUUGGCAUGCGCACUGCCCAGGACCAGUACAAGAUGCAGAUGUGGAACAGCUUUCCGUCUCUGUUCCAGAACACGAUCUUCCAUGGUGAGCAGGAUGCGGAGAUCCAGCGGCUGCGCAAGUCCGGAUCUCUCGACGAGAAAUUGCAGCGAGCAAAGCAGUUGAAGGAGGAAGGCAACAAGCUCCUAAAGUCAUCCACCACAAGAAGGACCUCAGAUGACGAAGCCAGGAAGGAAAGGGAAGCGCAGCAAGAGCUGGAGGAGCAACUGGAAGCCCAAAUCUGGGAGAAAGAAAAGGAGCUCAAGGAUUUGCGGCAGCAACUCGCAGCACUGAGGGCAACCGCUGAGCGCAAUGCGUCAAAUGAGGAAGUCGAAGAAGAAGAUGAUGAGCAAGAGCAGCUAAGCUUGGAUGCCGCUGUGCGCUCGUAUGAGAAAGCAGCAGGAUUACUCAGAUAUGUCGAGUGCGUUCGGCAAGACUGGAAGAAUGAUGAUGGCUCUUACAAGGGCAUCGAGGACGAUUUCCUCCGAGUGGACGAGACGGCCUUGGAGGCGGCAGAGGCCUCGGAGCUGGUGCAGUCCUGCUACUUGAACAUCGCGCUGGCCUGCCAAAAACUUCGAAAGUUCGACGACAUGAAGCGUGCGUGCGACGAAGUUUUGGAGAAGGUUAAUCCCGAUAGUGUCAAGGCCUUGUACCGGCGUGCGCAGGCACGCCUGGCACCAAUCUCGGCCAAGGAUGCAGAUCGUGAGGCUGCCAUCCAGGAUUUGAUGGCGGCUGCACGGCUGGCCCCUAAUGACAAGGAGGUGCGGAAUAUGCUGACCAAGCUUCGGAAAGAGAAGAAAAAGCAGGAAAUGGAAGACAAGAGCACAUUCGGAGGCCUCUUCCAGCGAGGGGAGGUCGUCAAGAACGAUUACAAGUCGGAGCCUCCACGACCAGCCGCUCCAGCUAAAUGGGAUCUGAACGAUCCGAAGGCAACGCACACUGGGAAGGUGCACCUCAAGUACAAGGACUUCGAUCCACUAGACGGCGCGAUCUGUUGUGGAACGCAGCUAGCUUAUGGUCCAUUCGGCUUCGUUGGCUGCUGCAGCGGUGGCAUGCUCUCCUUCAAGGGCCGAUGCUUUACAUACGAUGUUUCAGCGGAUGGGUACUUGCGGGGUGAGGGCGUGUCCAGCAUUUUCUUGGAGCUCAAGGAGUUUGGCCGGGAGGUGUUCACCCUGAUGCCUGCGAGUCAGGCUAACCAGGAUGGACGCAGCGCCAGCAUCACGGCACCCAACGGCCCCUCCCAGGAGAGGUGUAUCCGGGCAUGCUUCCGCGAGGCGAAGUACCAACCAGCGGAGGUGGAUUGCUUCGAGACGCAUGGAACGGGAACCGCUCUCGGCGACCCCAUUGAGGUGGGCGCUUUCAAGCGCAUUUAUGCCCAGUCUCAGCGAGCCCACCCACUCAUGGUGACGAGCUCCAAGACCAACCUAGGCCACUUGGAAGGUGGUGCAGGCAUGGCCGGCUUCAUCAAGUGCAUCCUGCAGGUCAUGCGCUGUGAGGCGAGUCCAAACAUCCAUCUCCGUGAGAGAAAUCCGCAUUUGGAUGUGGAAGGAUUCCCGACCCAGUUCUUGUCAGAGGGCUUGGUGACGCACUACAACACUGCGGUCACCGGCGUCAGUUCCUUCGGCUUUGGAGGCACGAAUGCCCAUGCGAUGCCGCGCCCCCAGCACGUCAGCUGGUGCGUGAUUCGUACAGUCAGCGUGGCAUCUGAGGGCAUUCGGGCAAAACUGUGUGUCGCAUCCGGCCCGCCUGGCGGCCCUGGCGGCCCUGGCGGGGGGUUCCCCGGGAGAAGGAAGAAGGGAGGAGCCUCCGAGCGCGCAACGCCAAUCUUGGCUGAAGUCGGUCAGACGCUAACGGAGGCGCAGGACAUCCUGGAUCAGGCAAGACCCGAAGAUCUCCUUGACGAAGUCUCGCCCUCUGAGGGCUCUGGCUCUGGGCUGAAGGCCGGGCCGCUUGCCAAGAAGAUGUGGAGCUGCGCCAGACGUGGUGUUCGCAGUGAGGAGGUCUGGGCGCGCUUCGCGCAGAGAGUGCUAAUGACAGGCACGCUGAUCGGGGCCACGGACAUUUCUCUGAUGUUCCGUGCCUUUGCCAGGAUAAAAUAUCGGGACGCAAGGGCUCUGGACACUCUUUCCCCAUUUAUUCUUCGACACAUCGACUCUUUCAACACGGAAGAGCUUGUCCUGCUCUUGCUUGCGCACAAGAAGUUGGAGUAUGAGCGAACUGACAACCUCCACCUCUUGCUGAACGUGCUCUGUCAGAGGAAAGAGGAAUGGACUGGGAAGGAUGUUGCGCUCAUCAGCAAUGCCGUUGCGCACUUCUACAUCUAUCGCCCCCGUUUCUGGCGGCUCGCAGCAAUGUCUUUAAAUCGACUCGUCUGGACGAUGAAUCCACUGGAGCUGACGAUCCUCGUCAGUGCCAUGGCGCGAGUGGAUCGGCGAGACGAGCAGGCACUCAUUGUCAUCGCAAAGAUGUGCCGCCGCUGUGCCCAGCGGCACCUCUUCAGCCAGGAGACGCUUGCGACAGCCAUGAAUGCCUUUGCCAAGCUGGAUUUCAACAACGUCAAACUCGCCAAAGCCUUUGAGGACGCUGCCGUGAAGAAGCUGGACCGUGCACUGGAGCUUGGCCCACAGUAUCGGCGAUCCGGCAGCCUCCGUGACCAGGAUGUCUUUGAUCUUCAGGCCUUGGUCCUUCUCUUCCGCACACUUGUGGCUUUGGUUGGAACCUCUGACGACGUGGCGGCAAAGCUCCUGACACUCUUAGCAUGGUCGAAGGACGAGCUGGGGGAUUAUCAGCGUCGGGUUUUGAAGCCGACCAGUGUGGCCUUCCGGCGUCUCCAUCCAGCCUUGUUCAAGAGCCUGAGCAUGGAGUGCCGGGAUGCGUUGCACACCUUCGAAACCACGCAAGUCAAAAUCACCACUUUUGAGUCUCGGUGGAUGAGGGAGGUGCGAGGCACGCUGCGCAAGAUGGACGUCAGCGUCGAACUGAAGCCCAUUAUCGACGACCAGGUGCUGGACAUCUGGCUUCCCGUCAGCAAAGCAGUGGUUUGUGCCGUGGGUCCGUAUGGCUACUAUGCCGGCACAACCGAGAGGACCGCCUACAGCAAGCUGCACCAACGAACCUUGGAAAUGGAGGGGUAUGUGUGCAUGACUGUGCCGUAUUUCGAGUGGGCCGAUCUGAAAACAGAGGAGGACAAGAUGGUGUAUUUGUGGUCGCUGGGCCGCAAAUCUGCAGGGACUGGCAAGAAGGGCCAGGUCUCCAGCGAAGUGAGCCCAGCCGUCGAGCUCCCCCUGCAGUCGGCGCUGCCGCCCGACGUCUUCAAGCACAGCCUCGACCCUGAGGAGUGGGAGACCAACGGAGCACCCUUAAGCGAGGACAAGAUUGGCAAAGUCUACGAGGUAGAAGUGGAUGCCAGUGGUGCAGCGGUUUGGCGUGAAGUGGUGGAUACUCCGCCAGAUCCAAAGGCGCACAAGAGGUUUGGCCUGGCGGGCAGCUUCAACGGCUGGAGCUGCACGACCAUGGCAGAACUCCCGGGGCUGCCCGGACUGUUUGCGGCAGAGAUCACGGUUGGUGAGUCCGGAGUCGAAUACUUCCACGUUCUGGGCGACGAGGACACUUCUCAGGUGUACUAUCCUGCACAACCGCGGAGCAGGCGCAAGGUGAUUUCGAAGGCCUUGCAGGUUGUGUUUGUGAUUUCGAAGGCCUUGCAGGUUGUGUUUGUGAUUUCGAAGGCCUUGCAGGUUGUGUUUGUGAUUUCGAAGGCCUUGCAGGUUGUGUUUGUGAUUUCGAAGGCCUUGCAGGUUGUGUUUGUGAUUUCGAAGGCCUUGCAGGUUGUGUUUGUAUCUGUCGGGUUCAAAAAGUCACCCAGACUGGAGGGCGCCGGGCCCGGUAUGGCCGUAACCCUCAUCUUCGAAGAGAAGUCGGUGGUCUUCGGGUGGACGGAGGGGACUGCAGCCAAAGAGUUCGGAACACAGCUGCGUUCAGCCGUUCAACAUCUGACAGGCCUCUCUUCCCUCGCCGAGCUGGAAAUCCUGGCAGAAGCGGACCCCCCGGUGCGCAUCACGCCGCGAGAUAUUUUCGAACGGCGAUAUCCUGACGCGGCUCAACAUCGAUUUCGAAUCGCUUGUCGAGCAGAGCUUGCAAGUGAUAACUCCGUCCCCAAGGGUGGAGCUGAGGCCUCACCCGGCCCAGGAGGCUAUUCGCCAGAGCCAAGGGCAGAGAAGCUCUUGCUGCCGCCGCAGCGGAAAUGUCCCAGCGGCGCCAAGUUUCAGAAGGCCGGCGGAAGCCAGCUCCAAUUCCUGCAGAUGCUGGAGGGAAACAAGAACCCGAAGGCGCAGCUCGAAGAAGGUACAGUGCUCACCGCCGAAGAAGUGGCAAGGCACAACCAAGUCGGAGACUGUUGGACAAUUUUCCAGGGCCGUGUCUACGAUAUUUCUGCCUACAUUGAUUUCCAUCCUGGUGGCAAAAAGCAGAUCAUGCAGGGGGCCGGGAAGGACAUGACCAGCCUCUUCCACAAGGCACACCCAUGGGUGAGUAUGGAAGGGCUGGUCGGCAAGCUGUGCCUUGGGCCGCUUGUCGCGAAGCCGAUGGCGAAGACCCAGAGCCAGCCAACGGUCGCGAAGGCCACUCCCAGCUACUACAAUGCCGUCACCGAGGCGCUCGUGGACGUGAAGGGCCCGAGCCCGAUCCUCGGCCACCCGGAGGAGCAUGCCUGGUGCAUCCAAGGGCGGCCAGGUUCCAGGCCUUUCCUGAUGUCCAGUAAGCUUUCCGAGCUUUCACAGAGACGAUGCUCGUUGAAUAUGGCUCUGCUUCAUAUCCUUCAAGCUGCUUGA